AUGGGCAAACAAAGCACCGUCAUCUCCUCGUCCUUCCCGAAUUCCUCUCCCUCCCUUUCCCGCUCUGAGAUUAUCCAUUCCACCCUCUCGAACCUCACCCACACCGACUCUAUAACCCGGUGUUAUAUAAAAUCAGCCAUAAUCGACAAGAACAACAACAGUAGCAAAGACAGCCUAGAAGCCGUCGCAGAGGAUGGUCCCAGUUCUAGCUCUAGAUCCAGAUCCAGCUCCAACUUUUCAACGCCAUCAAGCACAGGCAUCCACCUCAAGCGAUGCAAGAUCACCGCAUCAACACUGAGCAACGCCUCCCUCCGGCGAUGCAAAAUUGCCUAUAGCACAUUGAGAGACAUCCCCUCCGCCCACCGGACGGACGUCUCAAAGAGCACGCUCGAUAACGUCUCUUCUCUCCGGCGUGUGUCAGUGUCGAACAGCACCGUCGCGAAUGGGAGUGCGCUGUCGCGGUGUAAAGCCAAGGAUAGCGUUGUGAGCAGCAGCGCCGUGUAUAAGGGGUCGAUUGAGAAGAGCCAUGUUGCGGGGAGUCGUCUGCGGAAGACCAAGUUGAAGGAGUGUGAUGUGAGGGACUGUGUGAUUGUGAAUACGGACUUUCGGGGGAUGGUGUUGCGGAAUGGGGUUUGGAAGGAUGGGGUGCUUGUUGGGUGUUUUGGGGGGAGGGAGGAUGUUGUUGUUAAUGGGAAGAAGAUAGAUAUGCCGGUGAAGAAUGAAAAGGAGAAGGAGAAGAAGAAUGAGGUUCCUGAGAAGUGGAUGGAAGGGAUGGAGGACUCUGAGAUGGAGAGCAGUGGCAGCGAUAGUGAGAGUGAGGAGGAUCUUCCACCACCGUACACUCCUUGA